ACAGCAAGAGUGGCCAUCAUAUAUCGAUUAUACCUUAUCGCUCAUUGAGGAGGUACACCGGCCGGUGGCACUACCAAUGGUAGUGAUUGGCACAAGAGCAGUCUUAUUCUGCCCACGGCCGUUCUGCCUGACGCAUCACCCCGACUUAUGCUGGGGCCCCCCAGAAUCAGCCCCGUUGCGAUCCAGAGAGCUCCAGAGCGACGUGCCGAACAUGUUAGCGACCCCAGAGCCAUCCACCUACACUCUGCGACAACACUAGCUGAGGAUCAUACGCUACGCUUCCUCAUGUUUGCGAAUGCGCGACGCUUGGAAGGGGAUUGUACGCCGCAGGCGCGCGAAGCCUCUGUCCUAUAAUAAUGUCCUUCCCUUCCAACCUGUGCCACCCCCCGUCGCUUUUUGUCUCCCGUGUUACGCCGAUAUGGAAUUAUCUCUAGGCGACAUGCGUCUCUACAAUGAACUCGUCGAUAUGGUUAUCGACCAUCUCCACGACGAUAAGGCGAGCCUCGUAGCCUGCUCUUUGACAUCUCGCAUGUGGCGCAAUUCUAGCCAAUAUCACCUGCUAGAUAGCAUCACCUUGCUGGGAGUUACGUCAGAGAGAGGUCUCGAGGCGUUUUUAGCCCAGGCUCAGCAGUCAUCGCGUAUACGCCACUACGUACGAGAACUUCGCAUCUAUGGAGAAGGCUCGUGGUUCGGGAAGUACAACGCCGCUGAGUUGCGCCAGCUUUGCUUCGGACCCAAGAGCCUGCACUCCCUCGCACAGAUGCCAGCACUCCGCCGCCUGUUCCUCUAUGAUCUACUUUGGGACUCACGCCGCGACGGACCUUCCGGUCUACCACUGAUCCGUAGGGUCGGUAUAUGCUGGGUGCUGGAGAAGCUCGUGCUUCAGCAUGUAACUUCAUCGCGGUUCCAAGACCCUGGGCAGAUUCAUCACGGCGUCUAUGCGCAGGAUAUCCUCGACAUCCUCUCCUUCUUUUCCGAGAUCAAGGUGCUCUGCUUUGACACCCCACGCUUUGAAGUCGACGGUUGCGAGGCAUCGCCGCCCCAUGUCGAAGAUAACUUUCUCCAGCUACAGUUCCCUCCGAGACUACGCAUCAGCAGCCUCAUUGCCGAUCCCGAUGCUCUGGAUAAUAUCCGCUCAUCCAUGGCGUACAAUAUGCUCGAUCGCGUCUGCAGGUUCAAUGACCUGCAUUCGUUCAGGGUGCGAAUCAAGCCGGGAGACAUCGAGGCUGUGUCCCACUUCGUCUCUAUGAGAGCGCAUUCCAUUCGUCACUACCAGCUGGACAUGUCUGCGCAUCUCGCGCUAGCUCGGUACGGUAAGCACACGGGCAUAGUCGAUACCAUUUACUCACACAUUUUCCAGGCGCAAAGGAGACGUUCACGUCCCUCUGCCUAUCCUCGUGUCCCAACCUCGAAACCUUCGAGCUCCGCACGCCCUGCUACCCGCCUGACUGCCUCUGGCAAUACAUCCUCGUCGCGCUCUCUAAGCUGCCCGACACGGUGCGGCGCAUCUCUGUCUGCGCCUACCUGACCUCUACACUCCCUGACAGCUUCGUGGACGCCUGCGCGGGGCUUAUCGACGCGGACCUCGCGUACAUGGAGCGCUUCUCGCGCCUCGAGGCCCUCGAGUUCGUGCUCCGACACCCGUACGGCUCGGACGCGGCGUAUCCCUAUCGCUACGAGAAGUGCAAGCGCAUGAUUGAGGAGAUGGUGCCCGCCUCGUUGAGGCGUGGCGUCCUCAAGAUCGAACCGUGCGAGUGCUUCUUGGUCCCGACGCCUGAGCCGCUGUGUCUGAGCGUCCUGGCACGGAGCCCCACAUUGUUCUGAUGUUACUUAUGUUCUACGCUUGUAAACUAAGUCUAAGUUUGUUGAUAAUUGGAAUC